CUGAACGGAAUCAUGUCGCAUUUUCCGAGGUUGCAUUUUCCGAGAUUGCUAUUGCUGGAUUUUUCAUUUCCGCCAGCCCUCUGAACGGUAGGGUGGAAUAGUAAGCUGCAGUAACGGUGCUUCGCCCGAAAAUUGCAAGUCCAGAAACAGUUUACAAAAAUAACACGAGAAACGAAAGUUCUGCGCGUCGAAAUAAAUAAACAUAAAUCUUGUGGCAAGCCGUCAGUAAAUCAUUAAAUUAAUAGCCCCACCAACACACACACACGUACACGCACACACCGACGACGAAGGAGAAGAGGCAGCAGAAGGAAGUGAAAUUGGCGGCAGUUUGACCGCAACAACAAUAACAAAUACGCCUGCAACACACACACAAACACAGAACACACUCACGCGUUCGUCAUCAGCCGUUGGGCCCCCUUCCUCCCCCUCACUACGCCACCCCCGCCCAUCCAGAAACCAUUGUGACAUUUGAUUUAUUUGACGUGUGUGUUUUUGAUAGAAGCUCAACACGAAACUGACACACACACAUACACACUCACUGAGUUGCCAAAGAAUUUAUUUAGUGAACGAAAAUAAAAUCAGUGUUUUUUCGCGUAUGUUUGAAGUGAAGUGUGACAACAGAAGGGAACCAGAAACAGAGGCACAACACACGAAAAAUAUAAAACAAAUCCAUCGCUAUCAAUGAACAGCCGGAAUUAAUUGCCAAACAGCCAAGUAAUCUAGUAAUUUAACCUUCGAGAGCGGAGCCCCAAAUAAUUUCACAAAAUGAUGCUACACGAGGCUGUCAUGCUGGAAAUCUAUCGCCAGGCGUUGAGUGCAAGCGAGUUGGCAAGUCCGCGUUGCCAAUCCAGGGAGUCCAAUGCUUCAGCUGGAGUGGGCACAGGAUCCGGCGACGUGCGGUGUCCUUCCAAUGAGUCCCACUGCUCGGCCAACGAUCGCUUGACCCCGGCUGCCACGCCCACGCCCACGGCCACGCCCAUCUCGCCCCACUCGGUGGGCCUUCCUCUGACGGCAACCCUUCCCCCCGCAGCUGCAGCCGCCCUGCUGCCCCCGCAGUCCGCUGCGAUGGCCGCCUACCUGGCCGCCGCCCAGCAGAACCACCUGCUCCUCACGAAUCCCCUGGCGGCGGCCGCCUCCUUGGUGCAACAGGCGACGCAGCAGGCGGCGGCGGAGGAGGGGGAGCCGGAGUCGCCCGCUCUGGACUUCAGCCGGAAGCGGCGCUCCAGCGAGGGGGAGGAGGAGGAGGAGGAGGGCGAGGAGCAGCAGGAGCAGGAGGCGGAGCCCGACCAGGAUGGCCAGGGACCCCUGGACCUCUCGGUGAGCACGAGGAAGCGGCAGGGUCAGGACUCCCCGCCGGCGAGGAAGAUGCCGAGGAGCAUCUCCGCGGACUACAAGUCGCCCCUGCCACCCGGCAGCUGGAUGCCGCCCAUAAAUCCCUACCUGGCGGCAGUGGCGGCCAAAACUGGUGGAUUGGGCAGCUCCAAGAUGGCGCCCAGUGAGGCCAGCAAGGCGCUGGAGAAGAUGAGCGAGAUGAGCCGCCUGGAAACCCCGCCCCCGGUGGGCAGGAGCUCCUCUGGAUUAGGAGGAGCGGGAGGAGGAGGAGGAGUGGGGUCCAGUUCCAGCUCAGGGGGAAGGCACAGCGCCUGGCAGUCGCACUGGCUGAACAAAGGAGCCGAUGCCGCGAAGGACGUGUUCAAGUGCGUGUGGUGCAAGCAGAGCUUCUCCACGCUGGCCAGUCUGACCACCCACAUGAAGGAGACGCAGCACUGCGGCGUCCAGAUCCCCUCUCCCUCGGGAGGAUCGGGAGUAGGAGCAGGAGGCGGAGGCGGAGCUCCCUCUGCCCCGCCCCCCUCGAGAUUGCCCGCCUCCGCAUCGAACUCGGCCUGCUCCUCCAGCAGCAGCUCCACGUCAAGCUCCUCGAACUCCUCCAAGUCGGAGCUGAACAUGCUCAUCAAGGAGACGAUGCCGCUGCCCAGGAAGCUGGUCCGCGGCCAGGACGUGUGGCUGGGCAAGGGGGCGGAGCAGACGCGCCAGAUCCUGAAGUGCAUGUGGUGCGGCCAGAGCUUCCGCUCGCUGGCCGAGAUGACCAGCCACAUGCAGGAGACGCAGCACUACACGAACAUCAUCUCGCAGGAGCAGAUCAUCUCCUGGAAGUCGGGCGACGAGCGGGAGAGGCCCUCGAACGGAGGAGCUCCAACUAAUCCAAGUGCUCCUCCUGCUCCUCCUUCGAGUGGACCUGCUCCAUCGGUGAGUGCCGUACUCACCUGCAAGGUGUGCGACCAGGCCUUCGGAACCCUCAAGGAGCUGAGCAGCCACAUGGCCCAGCAGUCGCACUACAAGGAGUCGCCCACCUCCUCCUCCUCCGCCUCCGCCUCCUCGCCCCCCGCCACCAACUCGGGCAGCUCCAAGCGAGGCAGGCAGAACCGCAACGAGAAGCGCAAGAAGUCGCUCCCGGUGCGGAAGCUCCUCGAGCUGGAGCGCUCCGGAUCGAACUCCAGCUUGGAUUCCGCUUUGAAACCCCUGAGGGAUUUCGCGGCAGCCACGAAAAUCACCUGUGAAAAGUGCGGCAGUAAGAUCGAAACCGCUUUGUUUGUGGAGCACAUAAGGAAGUGCCUGGGCGAGAGCAUCCCGAUCCCUCCCAGGCGGUCCAACCCAGGAGCAGAGCGCCUCCAGAGUCCCAGUGCGGGAUUGGGAGGGGAGAAGCCUCCCUCGGUGCUGAAUGCCUUGGAGCAGCUGAUCGAGAAGAGCUUCGAGUCACGAGCGGGCAGAACCAUGACCCCGGGUGGAUACUCCGAAACUGGAACCCCACUAGGAGCCAGCAUCCUUAAGCGGUUGGGAAUCGAUGACAGCAGCGACUACACGAAGCCACUGAUGGACGCCCAGUCGAUGCACCUGCUCCGAUCCUCGUACGCCUCCCGCGAUCGCAGUGCCAGCGAGUCGAGCUCCGCCAGUCGGGUGGAGUCCUCCUACACGCCGGACAGGCAGCAGGCCACGCCCCGCCGUACCCCGGACACCCCUGCCCCGCCCCCUCCGCCACCGCCCACCAUCAAGGCGGAACCCCCGGAGGCGGAGGCCGCAGUGGGCGGGGACUCCAGUCCGCGGCAGCAGAUCCACGUGAAGAAGGAGUUCAGCAUGGAGGCGAGCAGAGAGAGUCCCCGCUCCACCAGCGAGUCUCCAGCGCCGCAGCAAGAGGGAUCUGCCCCGAAUAACGGUAGCCUGCUGGCCCUCAACUCCAUGUUCGAUCAGCUGAGCGGCGUGGAGAACAACAACAACAAUACGGGACACUGUUACAACAACAACAACACAACGUCGAGCAGCAUUUCGGCGAAGAAGCCCAAGGCUCAUCCCCUGGCUGCCCUGCAGAAACUGUGCGAGACCACGGAUCCCCCUGCCUCGAAUCCCCGCAGCGGAUCCGCAUCCGCAGGGUCUGCAUCCGCAUCCGCGUCCGCGUCCGCGAACGGGAGCGACCUGGUGGCCUUCAGCUGGGCGUGCAACGAGGCGGUUCUGAGUGCCAGCAGCGGAGGCUCCGGCGGGGAUCCCUCGAUCAUCAAGUGCUCCUUCUGUGAUACGCCGUUUGGGUCGAAGGGCGCCUAUCGCCACCACCUGUCCAAGGUGCACUUCGUGAAGGACACGGGCGAGGUCCCCCGGCUGAAGUCCCCGGCUGCCCAGAGCCCCAAGUCGCUGCCCAUGGCCUCGCCAAAGAGGUCCGCUUCCAGGAGUCCGGCGACAGGAUCCCAGCAGCCGCCUCCGUCGCCCACCAUCAAUCCCUACGACGAGAGCCCCCAGUCCAAGUUCCUCAAGUACACGGAGCUGGCCAAGCAGUUGUCCUCCAAGAACGCCUAAGGAUCUCCGGCAGGUUCGAGAAAAGUGAGCUAAGGAUUCGGAAAAAUUACUACAACUCUAAAAACGUACAGAGAUGUCAGGUCAUCUAUAGGAAUAAUGGGACAGUGAAUACUCUUUUAGCGAACAGAUUGAUUCAAAAUUGUAAAAGAUUAUAGAUCCUCACAAUGAAUGGCAUUGAGUUUAUACUAUAUCAGAAUACUAUAUAGUGACUCUUUAAAAAACAGCGCAUCCAAAGCAUAAGCAAAACAGACAGCAAUAUUUUAUUAAUUUAAUAGAAUUUUAUUAAUUUGAUAGAACUUUAAAGGUAAAAUUUUGCGAAAUCCGAUAUCAGGCAAUGUUAUUCAACAUUGAAGUAUUCAAAAUAUUAACUGAAAAAUAGUGAAUCCAGAGGAUAUUUGUUAAUGAACAAAAAGUAUAUCUGAAAGUGAUCUGUUCGCUAAAAGUAGUCGCUAGUCAUCCAAACUGAUUUCAAAAAUGUCCCUGAAAUCUGCAAACGAUUUGUAAUUCCCAAUUCAAAAUCAUUCUCUGAUCUGCAGAGAACUUACGCUCUUUCUCUCCACUUGGCUCUCUCGCCAAUCUCAAGCAGACUUUGCAGCGCUGCACACCCACACUGGCGCAGGGAUUUCCCCUACUUUGCUGAAUUCGCCAAGCAGUUCCCCACUUUCUCAGCUCUCUCUCUCUUUUGGCUUCCCCUUGUUAAGUGACGUCACGGCGACGGUGGUCCGCUUUUUAUUGUUUCCCAAUCGGACACUCGCAGUCGGACGUGCGAGCGAGAGCGGGCUAGCCAGCUGGAAAUUCAAUUACCACCACUUUGACGAACUGCUGUCCAUCAAAACGCGUCGGACAGAGACGGCGAUACGAGCAGAGUGACGAAAGGCGACGACACGAGUUCGUCAAACUGGGGUUGGAUGGGGGCGAGAGAGACAGCAACAGCCGGUGGGUGGGGAGAGAGCGAGAGAGUGAGUGAGCGCCACUAUUGAGUGCAAAUUGGAUUGGAAUCGGAGUGCAAAUCGGAUUCGAGUGCACUCAGAAACGAGUCGAAAACUACUUAUUUAUUUAUUAUGCCGCAGUUCCUGGUCAAAAGAAAAGAAUAAAAGCGUGCCAAAAAAUUCGAAAUACUUAAAUCUAAUAGGCUAAACUAAACCAUUAAAUCACUACGUCUAAGCAAUUACAAAACAAACGCAACGCAGUAUACGUAAAACUAAACACUUAAAAAGUUAACCUCAUCGAUGGAUGCAUUUUACGGUCGAAGGAACCUUUUAGCGAUGCAUAUAUAGCCCUUAUACGAGAUAAUGCAGUCAGUAAAUGUAAAUACUUAGCCAAUAGCACUUUCCUUCCAUAUGUCUAAAGAUUAUCAAUAUUUACGUAAAGAUAUAGAACGUCGAAAUCAAAAUGUAGCCACAGCAACGCAUGUAUACGGAAACAAUUUUAAAAUUAUAUAUAUACACCUACGAACUAUAUACAUAUACACCCAUGUAUACCAGCAACUCCAAUCUCAACAAUAACUAAGAAUCUUGAAUAUCUAACCUAAGAUUUAAACCUAAGAGGAGGGAACUUUGCAGAAUGUAAAACAUUUCAUCAUUAUCAACAACAAUCAUUAUUGUCGUCACCUCUCGUCGGGAGUUACUUAUAGUAUAUCUAUGAUAUAUGGCAACUAUGUAUACGACUUGUAUUUGAGUUUUUGUGAUAUUAUUUUUAAAACGAAACCGUUCGCUUCCUUUUCGCCACGACCCCAAAACCCCCUAUAUAUCCUGUAAACCCCCCACCCCGCCCCUUUAGAUCGUAAGUGUAAGUUAUAUAAAUGCAAUAAAGGCGCAUCACUCAAAA